AUGCAGGCGCCAUGGACCCGGACGCCACUCCGCGUGGCCGUCCCGGUCGCUAGAGGACUCUCAUGUUCAAGCUCAAGAACAAACACCUUUAAUUCACACUACUUCCUCCCAUCAACAUAUACCGCGGCGUCAAAGCCAACAAUCUCAUCCCCGUGCCCAAACCACAUCCAAUCCCGCCCCGCAUCCUCAUCCGGCUCCUGGAAAAUCCGCCAGGGCAACGACUAUUUCGCUCGCAACGCCCGCGUCUCCGGGUACAAGUCGCGCGCCGCCUUCAAGCUGCUCGAGCUGGACUCCAAGUACGAAUUCUUCCGCCGCGGUGAGGGGCAGGUCGUCGUCGACCUCGGCUACGCCCCCGGCAGCUGGUCGCAAGUCGCCGUCGACCGCACCGCCCCCAAUGGCACCAUCCUCGGCAUCGACAUCAUCCCCGCCCAGCCGCCGAAAGGGGUCAGCACGAUCCAGGGGAAUUUUUUGAGUCCGGGUGUGCAGAGGAUGGUGAAGCAGGUGCUGGUGGAGGGGGAUAAGAGGAGGAGGGCGGAGAGGGAGGAGAGGAGGGAGGAGGUGGUUGAUGAGGACGCUGAUGCAAUUGCUGAUCGGCCGAGUUAUAUCGAUUUCGAGCGGAUGGCGGCGCAUGAGAGUGAUUCUGAGAGCGGAAGCCCGGCUUCUCCUUCAUCAACAUCACCCUCGCCAGGCGAGAGCACCCAACCGAAGGAGCAAGAAAAGCCGAAUCUGCGGUUGGUAGACGUGGUACUCAGCGACAUGUCAGAAGCCUGGCCCCAAACCCGCGGCUUCUCGGUCAGGGCUUUGAGUAACGCGUAUAAUAGGAUGAUGAACACGAGCGGCACCCCCUUCAGGGACCACGCCGGGAGCAUGGACCUAUGCCACGCCGCCCUCACAUUCGCGUCCGAGACGCUCAAGCCCGGGGGGGACUUCGUCUGCAAGUUCUACCAGGGAGCCGAGGACAAGGCCUUCGAGACCCUGCUAAAGGGCAUGUUCGAGAGGGUGCACCGGGAGAAGCCCGAAGCUUCACGCGGUGAAUCUCGAGAGUCGUUCUUUGUGGCGCUUAGGAGGAACGGCGACGUAACGUUGCAGGAUAUUGAGCGCCGGUGA